AUUAAGAUGGGGGGUAUAUCCGUUGAUUGAUUGGAGUCGCACAGAUUACAAGGAAUUAAGAACGUCUACACUCCAAGUCAUUUUUAAAGAAGAACGCAGGGAAAUCCGGGCAACCGGGACACAGGCGAGCCAUUCCAAAUCCAACAGAACAGCAACGACUGUGAAUACACAUAAAUAGGAAGGAGCUAAACAUGACAGACCUCUCCCCAGAGGAAAAAGAAGCAUUAGAGAUCAGACGGUCCUUUGACUAUCUUGAUGUAAAUAAAGAUGGGAGAAUAUCAGUUCAAGAGGUUGUACGAGGGACACAAAUCCAUGGCUUAAAUCCCACAGGCCAAGAAGCCGACGAAAUGAUCGCAGAGAUGGACAUCAGCGGGAAUGGCUACGUGGAAUUUGAAGAGUACGAAAAGUUUAUGAAAAAGGAACUCAAGAAAAUGGACUAUGAGCAAAAACUGUUGUUAGAUGCUUUUAAGAAAUUUGACAAAGAUGACAAUGGCUACGUAUCGUUUGAGGAGCUAAAGAAAGCUCUCUGUGGCAAGGGGGAUCGUAUGUCUGACGAGGACGUCAAUUAUUUCUUUGAGGAAGCUGAUUCCAACAAAGACGGCAAAAUAGAUUAUAAAGAGUUUGUAAAAUGGUUUACAACCAUGUAGAUUCAACCAUGUAGAUUCAUCUCUGUACGUAAAAGACAUAACCAAAAUAUUAUUUAUUCAAUAUUGUUUCCCAAAUGAUUGUCGACAUUGUCCUCAUAUGUAAGUUAAUUUACAAUGAAAUUAGUUUUCAAGAAGAUUAUCCGAGAGACCAGUUAAAAAAAGUUUAAUUGUGGAUCAUAAAUCCAAAUUCCAAACCAGGAGAGUACCUCGUGAAGAGUAAUGCAUUUCUGUAGCUUUAACAGUUGAUGAUGCGGUAAAAACAUGUAUUUUCUGUAUAAGCUUUACUGUUUUCCAAAUGAAUGGUUGCUCAGGGCUUAUUUUUGUGAAAUAAAAAAACAACCUAAAA